GACCUUCAGCAUGUCGUCCCUGGACCCAACUGGACCGGACCGGGACCGGCGCAGGAAGCAGGGGGAGCCUCUGAGCCAAUCAGUCAGCCCCAACAGGAGGUUCUUCCAGCGGGUUCCCUUGAACUGGACCUCGGGUCCACGCUCCGGUUCGAACAGAACCUCCAGCUUCAAGAUGAGUCCGACUCCUCCCAGAACCGUCUUCCCCGACCCGAGUGGACCACAGGACUCCCCGCCCAAGGCUCCGCGCAGGCUGAGCUUCAGUGGGAUCUUCAGGGCCUCCAGGGAGUGGAACCAGCAAUCCGGGUCGACCCACAAGCUGAUUGGACGGAACCACAGAGACAAGGCCAGAGCCCCCUCCUCCCACAGGCAGGUGGGCGGUUUCCACCUGGAGACGUACCUGACGGAGCCACGGCGCCCAGAGGCCAGCAGGCCGCGCUCCUACUCCUCCCCUCCUGACGCCGCUCACCUGGCUACCUCCACCUGCAGCUCUCCGCCCCCUCAGGCCCCGCCUCCACCUGCCUCUGCUCACACCUGGAGCCAGACUGACUCUCUGCGAACAGUUCAGAUCAAGUCAAUUAGAGCUGGAAUUGGAUCUGAGCAGAACCCUGCUUUUAAACCCACUGAAUGUUUUUACCUGUGGAAACUCUGGACUGUCUUCCUGAGCCUGAUACUCAGCAAAGUUGAGGUCGCUGGCGGCAUGUCGGAGCAGCCGGAUCAGACGGAACCCGGAGAUGCCGGAUCCGAGGAGUCGGAGAGAGACAUCUACAUGCGGUUCAUGAAGUGCCACAAGUGCUACGACAUCGUCCCCACCAGCUCCAAACUGGUGGUGUUCGACACAACGCUGCAGGUGAAGAAGGCCUUCUUCGCGCUGGUGGCUAACGGGGUGAGAGCGGCUCCUCUGUGGGAGAGCAAGAAGCAAAGCUUUGUGGGAAUGUUGACCAUCACAGACUUCAUCAACAUCCUGACCAGAUACUAUAAAUCCCCCAUGGUGCAGAUCUACGAGCUGGAGGAGCAUAAGAUCGAGACGUGGAGAGAGCUGUACCUGCAGGAGACCUUCAAACCUCUGGUGCACAUCUCACCUGACGCCAGUGUGUUCGAAGCGGUCCACUCCCUGAUAAAGAACAAGAUCCACCGGCUUCCUGUCAUCGAUCCGAUCAGCGGCAACGCUCUCUACAUCCUGACUCACAAGAGGAUCCUGAAGUUCCUGCAGCUCUUUGUGUGUGAGAUGCCCAUGCCGGCCUUCAUGAAGCAGACACUGGAGGAACUUGCGGUGGGAACGUACUCCAACAUUGCCUACAUCCACCCCGACACACCGCUCAUCACGGCCCUGUCUGUGUUCACACACCGCCGGGUCUCUGCGCUGCCCGUGGUGGAUCAUAGCGGGAAGGUGGUGGACAUCUAUUCCAAGUUUGACGUGAUUAACCUGGCAGCUGAGAAGACCUACAACAAUCUGGAUGUGACGGUCACCCAGGCUCUAAGACACAGAUCGCAGUACUUUGAAGGCGUCAUGAAGUGCAACAAGCUGGAAACGCUGGAGACCAUCGUGGACCGGAUCGUGAAGGCUGAGGUCCACAGGCUGGUCGUGGUUGAUGAUGAGUCUCAUAUCAUUGGCAUCGUGUCGCUGUCGGACAUCUUGCAGGCGCUGGUUCUGAUGCCUGCUGGACUGGGGAGGAAGGAGUCCAUCACCUCCCAACCAGAACCCCUGAACCCAGCGGAACCAGAACCAACAGCACCAAAUGGGUCGGACCAGGACCCUGUUCUGGAGCCGGAGGCAGAAAGCAUCCCGGGACCGGGAGGCGAGCCAGAGACAGAAACCGAAACUGAUCACAACCAGGACCAGGACCAGGAAAAGAACCAAGACCAGAACCAAGACCAGGACCAGGAAAAGAACCAAGAGCAGGACCAGAACCAGGAAAAGAACCAAGACCAGGACCAGAACCAGGAAAAGAACCAAGACCAGGACCAGAACCCAGACCAAGACCAGGACCAGAACCAAGACCAGGACCAGAAUCAGAACCAGGACCAGGAAAAGAACCAAGACCAGGACCAGAACCCAGACCAGGACCAAAACCAAGACCAAGACCAGGACCAGAAUCAGAACCAGGACCAGGAAAGAACCAAGACCAGGACCAGAACCAGGAAAGAACCAAGACCAGGACCAGAAUCAGAACCAGGACCAGGAAAAGAACCAAGACCAGGAAAAGAACCAAGACCAGGACCAGAAUCAGAACCAGGACCAGGAAAAGAACCAAGACCAGGACCAGGAUCCCCAAGGAGCCACAGAGGAAGCUCCUCAGAGCGGCCAGCAGGGGGAGCCAGAGGAGGAGGAGGUGGCAGGCGGGGAUGA